AUGGCCGCGAGUUCAUCGGGAUCCAUCUCCGCGCCCGACGAGGAGGCAGAGUGCGCAGGCUUGGAACCCUUCUUCUACGACGAGGCGGAGGCGGUAGCUGAUCACGAGAGGCGGGUGCGGAGUGAGCAGGAGGAGGCGCGCCUGGAGGAUCUGCGGAAGCAGCGGAUGCAGCAGGCCUAUGGUCGGAUCCGUGAUUGCGAUCCCAAGCAGGGCGGCCACUACUUCACCCGCCUCUACUUCGCCGACUUCCGCGAGUUCGACAUCGACGAGGAGCCAACCCUUGGUCCAAUGAGACAUACCAACACGAUCUACAAACAGGGCGAUUUCUGUCCGCUGCUUGACGCAAUAAACAUUCUCUCCGUGAAGAUAGUAUCCUUGGAUGUUGAUUUCCCAAUACAUGUCUAUGGUAAUGGUACUGUCAUCGGCAGAGACUCCCUUGACAGCAAGUGUGUUUAUGUCUUCCGCCGCGAUAGAGAUAAUUGCCAAGUCAUAAACUCUAAGAUAAGAGAUGUGGAGGGUCUUGAUGAACAGGUCAAGGACAGAGAACUCAGUAAAGGGUUUGUAAAGAUCAGGGGCAGUCGGAGCAUUGUGAAAUGCCCUGUUGAAAGUAAAUCUCUUGCUACCAGGCUCAGUACUGUUGAGGUGAGCUGUUCAGUCGUGAAAGAUGGCCUUGAGGCUCUUGUUGCUAUUGAAGUUUUAAAGGGAUCAUUCAGUGGGAAAAUCACUGCCUGCACUUCCAACAUCCCGCAUAAUCUCCUUCUUCAUGAUAGCAAACUUUGCGGUAAGAAGGCUCGUGGCGUUGAAGGAGUUAUCCAGCUUUUGCAGCCUGUCAUUACUGUCGGUGUGAGAGACAUGCUGGUAAUUGUAAUCGAGACUAGUGAUGGCACUUCUAAGCACACCAUCGAGUUUAUUCCAAGGUACAGCACUACUGAAGAAGAUGUUAUUGCUGUUGGAACCACUAAGAUGCGCAUCAAGGUUUCCUGGUCUGUACUGCAUUGGUAA